AUGGACGCAUUCAGCGAAAAGAGACAAAAAAUCAGCUUGAGUGCUAAACCGACUGGAUUCGACACAUUGCGCUCACGGUGGGAGUUGUCUUCAAAAACUGGCACGCCUCUACACCCUGACGCUACAGAGGAUGAGCUGCUGGAAGUGGCUAAACAAAUCUCGAACACAAAAGUCUCGGAAAGAAGAAGCAUUGUGAGCAAGUUUACGUCUAUGCCACAUAUUGUAAUCGAUACAUCUUCCUGCCAAGAAUUACGUCUAGAUCUACAAGCCUCAAUAACGAAAGAAAAUGACCCUGCAUUGGCUCAUUCACUAUCGUUUUAUCGAAAACAACGUCAGGGAAAGGAAAAGAAGAAGGCUGAAGUCAUUGUUAUAAAAUCACCGCCCACACCGCCAAAAAAAAUUGAACCAGAACCGGAAGUUGUUGAAUUGCAAGUAGAACGGAACAAACAAAUGGAAAGAGUCAUGGGAUAUGUGAAUCAUUAUGAUGACUUAAACAUCACUUACUACUUUAUAAUCCUGCUCAAAUGUGGCUCAACUUUACUUCAUACAGCUCUGCUCUCUACUGAAGAUGGAAUUCAAGCGGAUGGCGCUAUUGAAUACAAUCAAUACUUAAAGAUUGAGAACAUUUGUUCGGAUUUUGAUUGUCUUUUAGAAGUUUAUGCUUUGCGCUCGAGCAAACGUUAUGAACAGAAACGAAAAAAGAGCGGAUCCAUGAAAGGCCUCAACGCGGCUUUUUCAUUUUCUACAAAAUCGCCGAAGACUCCCAAAAAGACACCAUCUGGCAAUCGCAUCCUGGAUUCGAAAUUUCAUUUGGUUGGGAAUCUCUACCUGAACAUGGAAAAUGUGGAUAACGAUGCGAUCUCAUUGAGAAGAGACCGAGACACGUCGACAUUCAAU